CUGCCACCAGCCUGGGGGGCAAGUAGGGGACAGUGAGGCCUUGAGGGGAGCUCCAGGCCUUUCAGUCCCCCACCAAGAGGAGGCCAAGGGUGCUCAGAAUGGGGAUGUGGGAGCCAGAUGUCCCCGGCCUGGGGGGCAGCUUGAGUCACAGGUCUCGCCUCCGCCCCCCCACCUCAUCCCCACCCACCCCAUCGACUGCAGCUAGGGUUGAGGAGGGAGUGAGAGGCUGAAUGUAUGAGACAGGCAGCGGGUCACGAAAGCGUCGGGGCUGGACAGAAGGAGGGAAAGAUGCCCAUGUUUCUGCCGCUUCCCUCCCCCUCUCCCUCGACUCCCUGGGCAAGGCACGAUGGGGCAAAGUUAGGUUUCCAUUCAGCUGUCCGGAAGAACUCCUUUUGUUGUGGCAGGGCGGGGGUCCUCCGGAUGGGUGAGCCCGGGGACUCUCUCCCAGCCCUCCUAGCAGAAGGCUGACAGCCUUGGGGCUGCCCCGCACUGAGCUGGGACUGGACAAGAGGACCUGUAGAUUCUGCCAAGUCCACUGUGGGGUCAAAGACUGGAGGCUAGACUCAACCAGAAGCUCUUGAACUUCAAGAGCCCAGUGAAAGCUAAGGACCACGGCCCUCUCCCCAAAAAACUACCCACAUAACACUUGUCAUACAAUGUCAGGUUGGGGGACAUCACGGUCCCCUUCAGCGCUACCCUCUAGGAUCUGGAGAGGCGCUUUUCAGACUCCACCCUAAGUGCUUCCUGCUGCCGCAGACAAGUAGACCUCAGUCUCAGUCUCGUGAGUGUGCGAUGAAGUCAGCCAGGUCUUGGGAGGCCUGGAGGCCUGGCAGGAGAGGAAUCUUCUAGGGGUGGGAACCCUGCCCAGGCCUGGCUGUCCCAGGGGCCCCCGAGGCCCAGGCACACAUGUGGUUUCCUGCUGAGUCUGGGCUGCGAUGUUGGCUGGGCAGGGUUGGGGUCCCGAGGAUGGGCCUGGGGUCAGGAUCAGUGCAUUAGACACCUGGGGAAGUGCUGAACCAGAGGGUGGGCAUGGGUUGUGGCAAGGAGAGCAGGGGCAGGGCUGAUAGAGGAUUAGAAAUGUCCAUUUAGUGAGCAGGGCAGGGUAGGGUCUGUUUGUCAAGACCAGCUCUGGAGCCAGGUUGGAGGCCGAGUCCCUCGGGACCUGAACACCCAGUGGGCCAUCAGGGACAGAGGAUGUCCGUCCAAAGUAGUCCCCUCCCCCUGGGCCCAGACUCCAUGACCCUCCACCUGCCUGGCUUCUGUUCCGAAUCCCUCCUUCUCCAGGCUGAAUUCGGGGCAGCAGAAGUGGGCUCUGCAGCCCUGGGGUAGUGGCCCGAGGCAGCUUGCUCCCUCCUCUUCCUCCAGCUGUCCCCUGACACCAGUCCAGCCCGCCUUGUUGUGUAACCAUGAGAGCUGCCUACCUCUUCCUGCUGUUCCUGCCUGGCCUGCUGGCUCAGGGCCAGUACGACCUGGAUCCGCUGCCUCCGUUCCCAGACCACGUCCAGUACACCCACUAUAGCGACCAGAUCGACAACCCGGACUACUAUGAUUAUCAAGAGGUGACUCCUCGGCCCCCGGAGGAGCAGUUUCAGUUCCAGUCCCAGCAGCAAGUCCAACAGGAAGUCAUCCCAGCUCCCACCUUAGAACCAGGAACUGUAGAGACGGAGCCCACGGAGCCUGGGCCUCUGGACUGCCGCGAGGAGCAGUACCCGUGUACCCGCCUCUACUCCAUACACAAGCCUUGCAAACAGUGUCUCAACGAGGUCUGCUUCUACAGCCUCCGCCGUGUGUAUGUCAUCAACAAGGAAAUCUGUGUCCGCACGGUCUGUGCCCACGAGGAGCUCCUGCGAGCUGACCUGUGUCGUGACAAGUUCUCCAAAUGUGGCGUGAUGGCCAGCAGCGGCCUGUGCCAAUCUGUGGCAGCCUCCUGUGCCAGGAGCUGCGGGGGCUGCUAGGGUGGAACUGGCACCCCGAGCCCUGGACCCUCCUCGGAUCUGGGGCCCUCAGGCUCUGCCUGACCUGGUGCUUUUCUCCCCAGCCAGACGUUCCUCUUAUCCCGUAAAAUGUUAGUGGCUGCAGCGCCGGGGGGUUGCCUCAGGCCCUUCCCCCAGCCUGCGGCCACCCUUGGGGCACAAAGGGGGCUCCCCAGUGUCCAGUCUCCGCCCCCAGGUGGGGGACAUCCCAGGCCUCUCUGUGGGACCUGGGCCCCUGAUGUGCCUUCUCCAUC